ACUGGCUGUCGACAACGUCCCUGACCAAGGAGAGAAGAGCAGGCAAUCUGAGAACAAGGGAAAAAAAGGGCCACCGGCUGCUAAAUUCAAGAAAUCCUUAGUGGAAUGAUAUGCCAUAAAAAGCCCUCAGUAUUCAUUUGAAUGAUGUUAAGAGCUGAAGUGGAGUGUCAAUGUGCUCUCAGCCUCUUAGCAACAAGAAGAUUUCAUGAGCAAUGGCCUCAGGAUGUCUCUCAAGGAGCUGUGUGCCUAUGAAACACCAUCCGUUGUCGAAAUGCAGAACUUCCUGUUGGCUGACAGACGGCCCACUGGACAUGUCAACCAAGUGUGGCCUAAUGUGUACAUUGGCAAUGAGUAUGUAUUAUGUUUUAAGUCAAUGUUGUAUAAUAUGAGGAUCACACACAUUGUGAAUGCUGCUAGUGGACCCCCUCAUGUCAACACUGGAGCCCGCUUUUACAGAGACAUGGAUAUUUAUUACUAUGGAGUGGAGGCUGAUGAUUCCACAGAAUUCAUCAUAAGUGUGUUUUUCUAUCCCACAGCAAGGUUUAUACGAGCAGCGUUGUCGAAAAACGGAAGAGUAUUUGUCCAUUGUCUGAUGGGAGUGAGCCGCUCUGCCACCCUGGUGUUGGCCUUCCUCAUGAUCUGUGAGGAUCUUACACUAAUGGAGGCCAUUAAAGCUGUACGGCAACACAGGGACAUCUGUCCUAAUCCUGGGUUUCUCAACCAGCUUCGACAUCUUGACAUGAGCCUCGUCCGAGAAAGGAAGAAAAAACUGGAAGCUUACAAAUUGAAAGCUCCUAAAGACAAACCAUUGGCCUCUCAAAUGCAGGCAGUGUAUGAGGCGCCAUCUAUAUCAGAUCUGCGGAGUCUGCUGCUGACAAACAGACAGACUUUCGGACCUGUCAGUCUUAUCUGGCCCGGUCUGUACAUGGGAGAUGAGUCAAUGGCUCGUGAUAAAGGACUCCUCGCUGAUCUGGGGAUCACUCAUGUUGUAAACUGUGCCGACGGGCCACAUCGCAUCAACACGGGUGCCCAGUUCUACUCAGACAUGAGAAUAGGUUACUGUGGAGUGGAGGCUUCAGAUCACCCACAGUUUGAUUUGAGCCAGUAUUUCUGCUCCACUGCAUCCUUCAUUAAAGCAGCACUCACUCAAAAUGGCAAAGUGCUGGUUCACUGUGCAAUGGGAGUCGGUCGCUCCGGAGCCUUGGUCCUGGCCUUCCUCAUGAUGUGCGAGAACCUCACUCUCAUGGACGCCAUCAAUGCUUUCAGGCUGAACAGGGACAUCUGUCCCAACUCAGGCUUUCUAGAGCAGCUGAGAACUUUGGAUAACAAUUUAAAGAGAUAAUUCACUCAAAAAUGAAGGUUCUGUCAUUUACUCGUGUUCAUA